AUGGAUAAAAUUAUUCCCGAUUUCAAUUUAACCUUAACCAAUAUGAUUCUCAAUGGUUUUGAAUUGGAUCCCAAUUAUUAUGGAUGUCCUGCAAACGUCAGCGAACGACCACCAAGUGUUAGAAGACCUUAUUGGGGAAUAUGGUUUUUCACUUCCGGUGUUGUCAUGUUGCUCCUCUACAUCCCAUGUUUCUUCGCUAUCGUGUUCAGCCCACUGCUCAAAACUCCUGCCUACAAAACCAUGCUCGUUUUAGCCAUCUACGACAUUUCCUCAAUUUUCAUUCAUUCAAUUUCCACAGGGAUUCUUGGCUUUUAUGGUAUUCCAUUUUGUGACUAUCCCAGGAUCAUAGCAUGCCUUGGUGGUGUCGCAUUGGGCUCUUGGAUGGGUUGCUGUAUCGCUAGUAUGGCUUUGGCUGUCAUUCGAAUUUGUGACUUGAGUAUGCAAAUGAAUAUUAAGAAAUAUUUCGAUGGUGCGAGAAUUUACAUAUUCCUAGGGGCUUUUUUUGUGUAUGGAGUUGGUGCCGGACUUCUGACUAAACCAGUGAUAUUCACACCGACUUAUAUGUCAUGGUUCUUUGACCCAAUGGUUGGGAAGAAUCCAGAAUUCUAUGUAAACCUUCCCCACACCUAUAACAACAUUCUCAUGGCGAUUUGUACACUGGCAUUUUAUGGAUUCCUUUCGUAUCUUGGAUUUAAAGCAGGAGAUGGUAGCACUUCAAACAACUCAAACACUAGAAAAAUCCUUCUCCAAUCUUUCUUCUUCUGCAUUUUCCACACCAUCGCUUCUGUCCUAUACGCUUAUAUGCAGUUUAUCGCCGCACCGCCAUAUCUAAUUUUAGUCAGUCAGAUUGCUUGGCAAACGAGUAGCGGUAUGUUCCGUGUGUAUUGUGUAUUUGACACUCAACAAAACAAUCAGGAAGUCGGUGAUGAAAAUGGUUUGUCCGAAAGCGUAUUUGUACGGGCGGAGAGUUUCAAUAAUAAUAUCAAUGAA